AUGCCUCUCUGCCCGAGCCAUCCUGCCGAUCCCUUGCGAGAAGCCGCUCAGCCUUCUUCUUCAACUCGGCCACACACCGGGCGAGCAGCAUCCCAUCCUUGUGAUCCCGUUCGAGAAGCCGCUCAGCGUCGGUCUUAUAGCGGAUUUCCUAGAUCCGUCUUCUUCCUUUUCUUUUCCCCGGCCGCGUAUGAUGACUGUUGGAAAGCAUUGAAGUGGGUGGUGCAUCAGUUGGACAGUGGCACAGCUGUGCCGGAACCAUGGUUGGUGAAUUUUGGUGAUUCGAGUAGGCAGUUCUUGGCCGGAGAUAGUGCCGGCGCUAACAUAGCACACCAUAUGGCCAUGCGUGCUGGAGCCAAAGGCUCAGAAGAAAGGAAUGGUGAUGAUGCCCCAUAUUUUUGGGGGUCAAAGAUGGAGGGAGAGGAGGUGGGAGAUGCACUGAAGAAGAGGUUGGAUGAGCUAUGGAUGCUGGUGUGUCCGGCGAGUGCCGGAGUGGAUGAUCCCAUGAUCAAUCCGUUGGCCAAGACAGCGCCGGAUCUUGGUCGGAUGCCGUUCUUGAAAAUCAUGGUGUGUGUGGCCGAGAAGGACUUGCUGAGCGUGAGAGCAAUGGCUUAUUAUGAAAAGUUGAAGGAGAAGUGGGUGGAUGGUGUUGAGUUGGUUAUGUCUCAUGGUAUGGAUCAUGUCUUCCAUUUGGAUGAACCUGGUUGUGAUCAACCUACUGUGUUGACUAACAAAGUUGUGGCCUUUCUUUCUUCAUGAUUUGGGGGUUUUUCUUUUUUAUGUUUAAAAAAUAUUUUAAUAAAUGUAGGAACUUAAUGAUAUGUUUUUUUUUUUGUGUCCUCUUGCAAAUUCCUGGAAAUAAAUGUAUUCUCAGUAUUGAAUGCCAAUCUUGGGGAUGA